AUGAGGCGGGGCCUGUCCCAACACUGUUUACCUGCCUCUGCAGCCCAGAGCCCUUUGGUGUGUGCAGUGCGGAUUCAACCCAGAUUCAACCCGAGCUACCCUGGCACCAAGGUUGGUGCACCUCUGUACCUGCUGCCCAGGUCUUUGUUCCUGAAGAAAGCCGGAGUCCACGGGCACAAAGGAGUCCAGUUCCAAAACUGGGCAAAGACCUAUGGCUGUUGCCCAGAGAUGUACUACCAGCCCACCUCCGUGGAGGAGGUCAGAGAGGUGUUGGCCCUGGCCAGGCAGCAGAACAAGCAGGUGAAGGUGGUGGGUGGUGGCCACUCGCCCUCGGACAUUGCCUGCACUGAUGGCUUCAUGAUCCACAUGGGCAAGAUGAACCGGGUCCUCCAGGUGGACAAGGAAAAGAAGCAGGUGACUGUGGAGGCUGGCAUCCUCCUGGCUGACCUGCACCCUCAGCUGGACAAGCAUGGCCUGGCCCUAUCCAACCUGGGAGCAGUGUCUGACGUGACGGCAGGUGGCGUCAUUGGGACUGGAACACACAACACUGGGAUCAAGCAUGGCAUCCUGGCCACCCAGGUGGUGGCACUGACCCUGCUGACGGCAGAUGGGGCCAUUCUGGAAUGCUCUGAGUCCAGCAAUGCAGCGGUGUUCCAGGCUGCACGGGUGCAUCUGGGCUGCCUCAGCAUCAUCCUCACCAUCACCCUGCAAUGUGUGCCCCAGUUCUACCUGCAGGAGACAUCCUUUCCCUCAACCCUGAAGGAGGUCCUCGACAACCUGGACAGCCAUCUGAAGAAAUCAGAGUACUUCCGCUUCCUCUGGUUCCCACACAGUGAGCAUGUCAGCAUCAUUUACCAGGACCACACCGACAAGCCCCCCUCCUCUUCAGCCAACUGGUUUUGGGACUACGCCAUUGGAUUCUAUUUACUGGAGUUCCUGCUCUGGACCAGCACCUUCCUGCCAUGCCUCGUGGCCUGGAUCAACCGUUUCUUCUUCUGGCUACUGUUCACCCGCAAGAAGGAAAACAGCCACCUCAGCCACAAGAUCUUCACCUACGAGUGCCGCUUCAAGCAGCAUGUCCAGGACUGGGCCAUCCCCAGAGAGAAGACCAAGGAGGCCCUGCUGGAGCUGAAGACCAUGCUGGAAGCCAACCCCAAGGUGGUGGCCCACUACCCAGUGGAGGUGCGCUUUACCCAGGGGGAUGACAUUCUGCUGAGCCCCUGCUUCCAGAGGGAUAGCUGCUACAUGAACAUCAUCAUGUACAGGCCCUAUGGCAAGGACGUACCUCGACUUGACUACUGGCUGGCCUAUGAGACCAUUAUGAAGAUUGGGGGCAGACCCCACUGGGCCAAAGCUCACAACUGCACCCGGAAGGACUUUGAGAAAAUGUACCCAUCCUUUCUGAAGUUCUGUGCUAUCCGAGAGAAGCUGGACCCCUCUGGGAUGUUCCUGAAUUCCUAUCUGGAGAAAGUGUUCUAUUGA